UCCGUCAACAUUGUGCCUAUACAACUUGUAGGAUUGAAGUGCGAUAAAACCGAAUGAUUGUUGUCCUUCCUCAAGCUGCAAAGUAAUAAAGAAAUGUUUUAUAUAAAUACGCCAGUGCAGUGAUCAACUGGUGUCAGUCAGCAUCUUGAGGCGACACGACAGAAAGAAACGUUUAUGUAGAGGUUCUGGUGCUGAAGGAGCUCCGCAGGAUCCAUCACCAUCUCAUAACAUAUAGAUGCAAGGUCGGUUGACGAUGUGUUUUUAUGAGGAAGGAUAUACUAUGGGCUUCAGGAAGUGAAGUGGUGUACAGAUGUUUCUUCAGUGCUUCAAACAUGUUAUGUAAAAUUGCACUAAUGCUAUUAAUUUUCACUGGAAAAUGUGCAGCAGAGCAUUUGCUACACAUGUCGGUUGAAGAAGUAACAGCUCACAAUUACACAUACUACAGUCUUUCUUAUGAAGGAUACAUCAGACUUUAUCUGUACUCCCUAAGUGGCGAUGCUGAUCUGUAUGUAUCACAGUAUGUUUCAAAGCCAACAUAUGAUCCAGGACUGAACUGUGCUCAGUCAACAACAUGUGGGGUGGAUGUCGUAGAUAUUCCAAGAAGUUUCAGGCGACCUGUUGGGAUUGGAGUCUAUGGCCAUCCGUCACAUGAAAGAAGUGAAUAUCGUCUUGAAGCAUACUAUAUUGAUGAUGAACAUGAUAGUGGAGAUGUAGAUAUCCGUUCCUCAGGCACUGUGGAGACUGGGAGCACUGGUGUACCAAAGAAAAAGAAAGCUUCUGAUGACACAACUGACGAAAGUGUGAUAUGGUCAUUCGUAUUUUACAUUUUUGAAGUUGCGUUUGAUAUAAUGUUUAUUUGACGAAUUUGAUAUUUGCAUUUGUAAUGUUCCUGAGAGUCCAGGACAGUGAAGUGAAUGAAACAAAGUAUUUCAUUAGUGAAUUCAGGACUUCUUCUUCCAGAAACAUCAGUCAUUGGUGUUAAAAGGUGAUGCUAGUGUGCUGUGAAUAAUGAGCUUUCCUGUGAUGAAUUAUUACAUUAUCCUGUGACAGAAUGUGUCUGAUGAUUUUUAUACUUCGUCCAUUUAGAUGACUUUCCACUAAAUAAUUGUGCUUGAAAUUAAUAUUUCAAGCAUUUGAACAUUAAUUCCCUCAACUGUUUAAUUGUAAGACAUAAUGGCUUGACUGAGUAUUGUGUGGAAUUACACUGCACUGGUGUAGCUAUACUGUGUUAUUGUCUGGAUAGUACAAUAAAUAGUGGCCAGUAUCAAAUACUGCGGCAACAGCUGAAAUUAUGUGCAGUGUGGUAAUCGUGUAUAGUUAAUGCUUUAAGAUGAUUUAAUGUACAACUCAUGUCUUCAAAGUGUGAUAUUCUGAAAUGUGGCACAGUCACUACAUUUCAAUAUGUUUUUUGUCAAACAUUAUUUACGUUGUGCUGAUGGGCAGUUAAUACUCCACCCGUUUUAUGUGCCAUUCGAGAGAAAGGUAUUUGAGUCAACGUACCUGACAGAUUAAAACUAUGCACUAAUGUGUAACAUGUGCAUAGUCUGUUUCUCUUGGAAAUAUUAAUAAUAUAUCUAUGUAAUCAACAGUCUCUCUUCGGUGUUUAGAAAAAUAGUUUGUAAGUAUUAGUAGAGUGAAGCUUUGAAUUAAAGUAAGUGGGAUGCUCUGAAGGAUGCUCUGAAGAAUCAGACGAAAGAGGCUUCCCUGCAAUAGGCAAAUAUUAGGGUUUGAAGUAUGAUUCACCAUGUACCUUUAAUCUGCCAAAAAAUUUAAUUUCAACAUACAAUCCCUCCACUGUAGUGUCAGGUACAUUAAUGACAUUAAAAUAUUUUGCAUGCCAGAGAGAACUAUUGUGCUUAGAUUAUUGUUAUAAGUUUCUGGUAGGAUGGUUAUUCUUCCUCUUUCAGACUUCCCAGAUUUUUGUUGUAUGAGUUGGUAUUUCUGUACCAAAAACACUAUUGUUUAUCACUGUCAAUCUAUUGAACUACUGAUCUAGCCAGUUAGUUCACCUAAGUCAGUCACAAAGGGCUGUUCUCUGCUUUACGCUUCAACAGUCUACAGUCUAAAACUACGAAGUGCUGAUGUCAAGUGAAUAUUCUUAUAUACUGAAUUUUCUUGAUUCAGAAUCUCUUUCUUCAGAAUAUGGCAUUUCAUUUCUAUAUUGCUUCAUGUAAAUAUUUUUUCUUAGUUGUUUCAAUGUAUUUAAAUGGAGAGAGUAAUAACUGUGUGUCACAGGUCUGUAAUUGAAGACAGUGUAAUUUAUGUUUCUACCUACAUGGCAACGUCUCUUUUUUACUAACAAGGGAACCUCCCCAUCGCACCCCCCUCAGAUUUAGUUAUAAGUUGGCACAGUAGAUAGGCCUUGAAAAAGUGAACGCAGAUCAAUUGAGAAAACAGGAAGAAGUUGUGUGGAACCAUGAAAAAAUUGGCAAAAUAUACAAACUGAGUAGUCCAUGUGCAUCAUAGGCAAUAUUUAGGAUACUAUGCGUGCAGGAGCGCCGUGGUCCCGUGGUUAGCGUGAGCAGUUGUAGAACGAGAGGUCCUUGGUUCAAGUCUUCCCUUGAGCAAAAAAUUUAAUUUUUUAUUUUCAGUUUAUGUGACAAACUCUUACGUUUUCAUCACUUUUUUGGGAGUGAUUAUCACAUCCACAAGAAAACCUAAAUCGGGCAAGGUAGAAGAAUAUUUUUACCCAUUCGCCAAGUGUGCAAGUUAGGUGGAUCGACAACAUAUUCCUGUUAUGUAACGCACACGCCGUCACCAGUGUCGUAUAGAAUACAUCAGACGUGUUUUCCUGUGGAGGAAUCGGUUGACCUAUGACAUUGCAAUCAAAUGUUUUCGGUUCCCAUUGGAGAGGCGCGUCCUUUUGUCUACUAAUCGCACGGUUUUGCAGUGCGGUCGCAAAACACAGACACUAAACUUAUUACAGUGAACAGAGACGUCAAUGAACGAACGGACAGAUCAUAACUUUGCAAAAAUAAAGUAAGUAAACUUUUCGCUCGAGGGCAGACUUGAACCAAGGACCUCUCGCUCCGCAGCUGCUCACGCUAACCACAGGACCACGGCGCUCUUGUGCCCACGUCGUCCUUGAUGUUGCAUAUGCUACCCAUGGACUACUCAGUUUGUAUAUUCUAGUUUUCUUUGGUUCCUACUAGCUUUUGGAUGCUUAUCAUUGUUGCUAUACAUAUAAGAUGACAUAAUAUUCUCUACGGUAUGUGAUUCCUUUUGUGUAUGUGAUCUGCCCUAAGUUUAGAAGCUGUGUUUUAUUAUUGAGACACAAAAUUGACUUUCUCAUCCAGUAUAUCUCGUGUGUCCAUUGACUAUGGAACUGGAAAUACUGGUGUCGCAUUAUGUGUCUCUCUCUCUCUGUCCUAUUUUUAUGAAUCACGCAUUCUAAGUUAUCAUUGUCCUAUGGAGCACUUGAAAUGCUGGUGGUGUUAAGAAUAUUCACAAACACCAAAAGCAUAAGAUCCUUUGGGUACUUUCCAAAGUACAUUCCCAAAACAAAAUCAAUACUCUUAUCUGUGGACUGUGUUGCUGUCAUUGACAAAAUGGUGGAUGUCAGUGGCUUCUUGCUUUAUUAUUUACUUACAGUGAGUAUCAUUUGCACUCUGUUCUUUGGUAAUGUUUAGUUGCCUAUUUCAUUCAGAUACUGUUGUAAUGGGUUGGCUGAUCACUCAGCAUUAUCUGUCCAUUUCAUCAAGUGGGUUGAAAUAGUGAAAGUAUUUGUUAAUGUAUUAUGUUAUGAAAACUAGCCCUAAUAUCAUUACAGCAAUGGAAAGCCCUUUUUGAAAUGUAAAUAAUGGUCAAAGGUCAGUCCAAAGAUAGUGGUGGUCUGUUCUUUUGAUCGCUAUUGUCCGUGAUACCAAAAAUGGUUGUUAUUUCUUUAAGAUUGAGUAGAAGUGUAGUUCUAACAUACUGUUGUUUAAACUGAAUGUGUCUAUGGCAUGUUAUGUAUGUAUUCUCAAUUGAAAUAUCAAUAUUUAUUGUGUUACUCCUCAUAUGAAGCCUGCUUUAUGACACACAUGAAUGAGAUCUUGUGUUAAAUAUUUUUUUUUAUUAUUAAGGUUAGCAUAGCAUGAUAUAAACUGACUGAACAGUUGUAUAGGACCAAUCUCAUAUGACAGAACUAGGGUGGGCAGUGUCAUCUGAUUAAAAAACCUAUAUUUUUUGUAGGCAGUCAAUUUCUCUUCCCUGUGAGAUGUUUGUAGUUGUCAUCCAAAAUGACAUUAAAAACCUUGUCUUCCUUGUACUAUGAAAUUUGUGAAAUACUGUGCUAUGGUUUUUUAUUUGUAAUUUAGUCUGAUAAGCACAAAUGUUAAUAAAAUAUUUGUAAUUA